AAUUGCCCAAUAUAACCUACACACAUAUAUUCACAUAGAUGUAGGUGAUAUACAGAGGUUUAAGGUUGGACAUUUUUAAUAGACAUUGUUAAUCUCAGAAAGCUCCUUCUUCCACAGACCCAUGUCGAGUACUGCUGGUCUUGUGAUUCCCUGCAAAGCGGCUGUUUCAUGGGAAGCAGGGAAGCCACUGGUGAUGGAGAAUGUGGAGGUGGCUCCACCACAGGCCAUGGAAGUGAGGGUCAAGAUUAAAUAUACCUCACUUUGUCGCACUGAUCUCUACUUUUGGGAAGCAAAGGGCCAGACGCCAUUGUUUCCUCGCAUAUUUGGUCAUGAAGCAUCCGGUGUUGUAGAGAGUGUUGGGGAAGGUGUAUCAGACCUCCAGAUUGGGGAUCAUGUGCUUCCAGUAUUCACUGGGGAAUGUGGAGAAUGUGGCCACUGCAAGUCUGAGGAUAGCAAUAUGUGUGACUUGCUGAGAAUAAACACAGACAGAGGAGUCAUGCUUAGUGAUGGAAAAUCUAGGUUUUCCAUAAACGGGAAACCUAUCAAUCACUUUCUUGGCACAUCCACCUUUAGUGAAUACACAGUUGUUCAUUCCGGCUGCCUUGCAAAGAUCAAUCCACUGGCACCGCUGGAUAAAGUAUGCAUACUCAGCUGUGGCAUUUCAACAGGAUUGGGUGCAACCUUGAAUGUGGCAAAACCUAAAAAGGGUUCCUCAGUUGCUAUCUUUGGAUUGGGUGCUGUUGGCCUAGCUGCUGCUGAAGGUGCAAGAAUUGCUGGGGCAUCGAGGAUCAUCGGGAUUGAUAGGAAUCCCGCAAGAUUUGAAGAAGCCAAGAAAUUUGGAGUGACUGAGUUUGUGAAUCUUAAGGACCAUGUCAGACCAGUUCAAGAGGUUAUUGCCGAGAUGACAAAUGGUGGAGUUGACAGGAGCGUGGAAUGUACUGGCAACAUUGAUGCCAUGAUUUCUGCUUUCGAAUGUGUUCACGAUGGAUGGGGCGUGGCCGUGCUUGUUGGAGUGCCCAACAAAGACGCAGUCUUCAAGACCAAGCCAAUUAAUGUGCUUAAUGAAAGGACGCUUAAAGGAACCUUUUUUGGUAACUAUAAACCUCGGACUGACCUUCCCUCUGUCGUUGAAAUGUACAUGAGCAAGAAACUGGAAGUAGAGAAGUUCAUAACCCAUCGUCUCCCAUUCUCCGAAAUCAAUAAGGCCUUCGAGUACAUGAUGAAAGGGGAGGGCCUGCGGUGUAUAAUCAGCAUGGAAGACUAGUGUUUUGGAUGGAGAAACUGAAAAACAAUAUCGUUAUAUGUAUCCUUUUAUCUUUCCAGAUGUAUUCUAAGUCUUGUUAUGAUGUAUAUGACAUAAUAUGGUUUCUAUAGUACCUUCUUUGACUA